AUGGCAGACGCUGGCGAGGCUGGAGCACAUGAGAUCUGCAGCCUGGACGUUUCUCUGCACUGUCAGGUCAGGUGACUUCAUGCUGGAAUCUCUUCGGCCGCUAUGGCUAUAUGCACACAAGAGUCCAGGGCUUCUGCCUCUGAGUCCACCAGUGCAGGAGUGCAAAAGGCACCAGGACGAGCGCUAGCAGGGCUUUGGUCGAGGGCAGACCCCGUGCUGAGGGAAAGGACACACAUUACCUCUCAAGUACAACUUUUCCAGGAAGGCAAGAUGUCAAAAGGUCCAGCAGUGGGUAUUGAUUUGGGCACCACCUACUCCUGUGUGGAAUCUUCCAGCAUGGAAAGGUGGAUGGAGAUCAUCGCCAAUGACCAGGGGAACAGAACAACCCCCAGCUAUGUCGCUUUCACAGACACCGAAAGACGCCAAGCCACCAAGGACGCUGGAACCAUUGCUGGCCUUAACGUCCUCCGCAUUAUCAAUGAGCCAACAACGGCUGCCAUCGCAUAUGGAUUGGACAAAAAGCACAGUAAGUUUAAAGAGUUAGUAGGGUUAAUCACAAUCACCAAUGACAAAGGUCGUUUGAGCAAGGAAGCAAUUGAACGUAUGGUACAGGAAGCCGACCAAUACCGAGCAGAGGAUGAAGUCCAGAAGGAGAAAAUCACUGCCAGGAACACUUUAGAGUCCCUGGCCUUUAACAUGACGAGCACUGUGGAGGAUGACAAGCUGAAGGACAAGAUCAGUGCAGAGGACAAAAAAACUAUUGACAAAUGCAUUGAGGUCAUAGCCUGGCUGGACAGAAACCAGACCGCAGAAAAGGAUGAGUACGAGCACCAACAGAAGGAGCUGGAAAAAGUGUGCAACCCCAUCAUCACCAAGCUCUAUCAGGGUGCUGGUGGCAUGCCGGGUGGAAUGCCUGGGGGAUUUCCUGGAGGGGCAGGAAGUAGUCCCUCCUCUGGUCCUACCAUUGAGGAAGUGGACUAAUCUUGACACCAGAACAUCUAGGUUCACACAUAGACAAAAAACAAUGCAAAAUUUGAUUUACGUCAACUUGC